UCCAGCGUUUUCUCCAGACCCUCUCUGACAUCUCCUGGCCCCUCCCCCCUUCCAUUGCGACGCUCGAUGCCCAAAGGGCAUGAGUCUAGAGAUUGGCUGGCAUCUCUCGGUACUGCCCACGGGGUCGGCGGAUUUCGAGAAUAGGAUCGCGGAAGUGAUGAGCAGGGUGGACGCCAACCACGAUGGUGUUCUAGACGAAGAUGAAUCGGCACGAGCCUGGGGCGUGCUCGAGGACCAUCUGAAGACUCGGCAGCAGACGCCGCUCACGCCAGGGCAUGGGAACGAGGAGGAGCAUGACGCGAUGGUGAGGGCUGGGCUCUGGAACCUGAUGUGGCGCUCCGUGAACGCGACAUUCGGGGGGCCCGGAGGUUGGAAGACCAUGACUGCUGCGAUGGCGGGCGAGAGGACGAUGGACUGGGGAGGAGCUCUCCGGAAUUGGCGGCGCGUCUACGAUUUCAUGCUCCGGGAGCUCACGCACGCAGAGAACAAGUACCUGGCGAACAUGUCGAGCAGGCGCGUGCUGCACGAGGUGCUCCACGAUCUGAGCGCAGGCUACACCUCGACCAUCUGUAAGCCGGGUGGGCUCGUUGAUUUUCAGGCGCGUGAGCUUCGCGUCCUGGGUGUCGAGGGUGCCGAGAUAGAUGCGUUCCUGGCAUCCCGGGAGGCUGGGAUACGGAAGCGGGCAGACAUGACCCCAGGGGCUGGAUGGCGCCGCCUGUUUGGCCGGCGAAUUACAUCAAAGAAUAAGGCCACGCGGAAGUCUUUCCAGAAGGAGGUGGAGGCAUCUUCGUGCCAUUGCAUGUGCUACCAAAAGGGUGAGAGGUGGACAUACGGCACGCACAUGUCGGCGGCGGACAAGCCGACUUGCACGCGAGUCGAGAACGUGCCGCCAGGUACUGGCAGCAUCUCUGACAUCCCAGAGUUUGCCGUUGAUGGGAUCUUGAUGAAAGCACCUGGCAAUAAGACUUGGCAGAACCUCGGGAAGGCCUUCCUCAAGCUGAUCCCCGCAACGGGAGGGAGUUCGUGCAGGAUGAUGCUCGAGUGGGAGCUGUCUGGCGAGAAGGGGGGCGGCAUCGGCUACAUCUCGAAGUGCGAAGCGCCCAAGCCGCUGCGCACGUCUUACUGGAGCACGCCCAGCCACACCUUCGAGAUAGUCGUUUAUAACCUCGCGUUGGAUGACCCGCAUGAGGAUGCAUCUGGGCACCUCGUCGACACAGUGCAGGCUCACAGGGCGUCCAAGAAGCUUCUGGCGAACCGACGCCUGCAGAACAAGUGGAACACCAAUCUGUCCCUGACCACCAUGGAGAAGAUGCACUAGAUGCAGGGGGGCCGCAACGUGGACCCCUGGAGUUCUCGACCGUCCCCGCGACCCGCCUUCCACCCCGAGCCCCACGUCUCGGGCAACCUCGGGGGCCUCCCAGGCGUGUGGUGGCCACACCGCGUGGUGAGUCCGUGGGGGCUUCGGGGUCGCGCACGGUGCCGGGGCGGGUCGUUCUCCAGGGACGGCUCGGGCGCGCGGAACCAAAUCCGCGCUGGUGACGGACCGCGCGGUGAUGAUUCCGAGGUCACCACGCGGUCCGUCACCUCACGGUCCCCUCCCCCUCCCGUCGCGGUCCUCCCGCGGCGCGAGGGGUCUGGGGCCCCCCCGAUCGCGCCGCGUCGGCGCCGAGGAAUGAUGAACGAACACGCGCACACACGCACACACCCAUAGGGAGGUGGGAGGCAUGAGGGCUGGCUGCGGGUACGGGUG